CAAACUCCUAUGUGAUGGUCAGUUUCUCGUCUUUAGCUCUGCCUUCGGUGUUUAGAGAAAAUGUCCGCUGUGGAGCAGCUCGUGUCGGCCAUCUUGCAGGAGUUCGUGUUGACGGCGGGAACUGAAAUCUGCCAGAGACUCAAAAUGAAACCCGAUGAAAACUCAGAGACUUGGCACACGGAGACUCCGGCUUCUGGUUCCGUCGGAGAGAAAUAUUCAUCGUUUCACACGUUCAGGUUUAAAGCUGAAGCUGCUGGCUGUGAUGAAGACUCUGUGUGAGAAUCUGCUGCAGGAUCUGAGGAGGCUGCUGGAGGAGAACCAGGAGCUGAAAGCCCGGCAGCAGCGGGACAACGCUGCGGUCGAGCCUCAGCAGGACUCCGCCACCCCCGCCGCUGAAGGAGACGCUCAGGUGGAGGCCAACCACCAAUCAGACGCUUCUACGGGUGAAACCGGCCAAUCGGAGCAGACUCCUGUGGCGGGCGGCGGACGGUCCGACCGGAGCGCUCACCUGCGGCUCCGCAGCAGAGAGCGGCCCUUCACCUGUCCCACCUGCGGGAAAGCCUUCUCCGCCCGGGGCAGCGUCAGAGUCCACCAGCUCACCGUGCACAACCAGCAGCGGCCCCACAGGUGUUCUCACUGCGGCAAGGUGUUCGGCACCCGCAGCCACCUCAGGGCGCACCAGGCUCACCGGCUCACCUGCUCGGCCUGCGGCGAGGCGCUGGCGGCGAGGUGCUGCCUCCGAGAGCACAGACUGACCUGCCGGAGGACGGACGAGAAGUUCAGGUGUGCAGAGUGCGGGAAGGAGUUCUCCAAACACAGCUACCUGUCUGCGCACCAGAGAGUCCACCUGAAGGACAAACCGUUUAAAUGUCCCACAUGCGAGAAAGGAUUCACCGCACGCCGCAGCGUCCACGUCCACCAGCUGACCGUCCACAGAGGACUGAGGCCGUUCACCUGCGGCGUCUGCAGGAAGACGUUCAGCCAACAGAGCGGCCUCAGAGCUCACCUGAGGACGCACACGGGUGAGCGGCCGCACACCUGCGAGCAGUGCGGGAACAGUUUCUCCAGCAGCAGCAGCCUGUCGGUCCACCGCCGCGUCCACACCGGCGAGAGGGCCUUCAGCUGCGACACCUGCGGGAAGAGCUUCAGCGUGUCGGCCAACCUGCGCCGCCACCGGCUCGUCCACUCGGGCCGCCGGGCGUUCAGCUGCGACGUGUGCGGCCGCAGCUUCACGCAGGCCGGACACCUGAAGGUGCACCGCACCGUGCACAGCGGCGAGUGGGCGUUCAUCUGCAACGCCUGCGGGAAGGGCUUCAGACAGCGCAGCGCGCUGCUGGCGCACGAGCGCGGCCACGCCGGCGUCAAACCGUACGGCUGCGGCGAGUGCGGGAAGCACUUCUCCUCGUCCACGUCGCUGAAACGCCACCAGCUGGCUCACGGCGGGCAGAAAGCGCACACCUGCGAAGAGUGCGGCAAGAGCUUCACCAGCGGCCACAUCCUGAAGACGCACCUGCAGCUGCACGCCGGCAACAAGCCGUUCUCCUGCGACGUGUGCGGGCGCGGCUACAGCUCGCUGAGCUACCUGAAGACGCACCGCCGCAGCCACUCGGAGGGGAAGCCGUUCGGCUGCGCUCGGUGUCGGAAAACCUUCUCCACGCAGGCGAGCGCCAAGCUGCACGAGCGCACGCACAGCGGCGAGAAACCGUACGUGUGCGAGGUCUGCGGGAAGAGCUUCAGCGUGUCGCAAAACCUCGUCAGACACAAACUCGUCCACAGCGGCGAGAAGCCGUUCGCGUGCGGCGUCUGCGGGAAGAGAUUCAGCCAGAACGGCAACCUGAAGACUCACCAGCUGAUUCACACGGGACAGAAGCCGUUCGGCUGCUCCGCCUGCGGCCGGAGCUUCGCCUCCACCCGCAGCCUCCGAGAGCACAAGUGCGUCUCCGCCUGACGGGGUCUGACAGGAAGCUGGGGCGCCAAAUGUCCAGUCAGGACGCCGAGGGUCUGGUGUCCUGAGAAAGACAAAGAGCUCGCAGGACGGUUUGGGAAAUGCAACAAGAUCGAGGAUCUUAAAAGACUUUAAUUCAUAAGAAAAAGGUUUUGAACUUGGUUUACUCUGAAAAUACAGUUUGUGGUCCUCUAAAACUCCCGUAAAGCUCGCUGUCGGCCGGCUACAGGGUCCGGACGGUCCUGGAUCCUACGUUCACUUUGUACGAGUGCAAAUCAUUGUCAAAAAUAUGAAAAUGUUUUAACAUUCAGUCCGGAAUGAAACGCAUCCGCUCUGAUUAUAUUCUGCUUCACAGAUUUUGUUAUUUUGGUUCUAACGUUGUUAUGAGCUCGUGUAGAGCAUCGCAAACAGGAACUGACAAGAAAAACAGAACAAAGCUGUGUAAAAACUCAGAUCCUGUCCUGGUUUGUUAUUUUGCGGGAACAAAUCGAGUAAUUUGAGGGUGAAAUAAAGAUAUCGAGUGAAGAAAUUAGUAUUUUGAUGGAAAGAUUGGUGAGAAAUCCUCCCUGACAUCAUCCAGACACGUUUGUAAUUAUGUGUAAAUACCAUAAAUAAAUAAAUAUCACACUCCUUGUUGCA